AAAAUGACGAAAAUACCAAUAUAUGUGAUAAGCUUGAUGAAUACGUUAGUUCGCUUUAUUCCAACGUUGAAUUUCUUAAUUAUUCGGAUAUAAAAGCUUGUUAUGAAUCAACACCGUACAAUAAAACAAAGGCAAUUCAGGUAAUAGAGACAGUGAAAGAAAAUUUUAAAGGAUUCUAUGCGUUAUUAGAUCAAGCAAAAGAACCAAAUCCAGCGUUUGCUUUAAGACCAAUUGACUUAAUAUCUGAAUUAGAUUUGGUGCUAAAGAACAAUUAUUCGUUCGAAUUUCAAUUUAUUUAUGAUGUUACAGAUCUUAUUCAAGAAUUGAGAGAUGGACACACCUGGCUCUAUUCUAAAGAUUAUCACAAGUACAAUUUUGAACAAAGAUUUUCCAUGUAUUCCGUGAUUAGGAAAGAUGGCACGCAGGUUUUUAAUGACAUAAAAGACCCUAGCAACAUCGAUUGUCAAGUUAUAGACAUAGAUGACAAACCAGCGAUUGAAGUAAUUACUGAAUUUGCUAGAAAUCACACAUUUUUUUCAAGAGAUUUGAGUGCUAGAUUUAAUUCAGCUCUUGCAUCGCUUGCUUUUGGAAAUGGUGAUUUUUAUAUUGCAGGACAAUUAUUCACAUUUAGAAAUCAAUUGCCAAAAAAUCCAAGUAUUUCUUACACACUUAAUUGUAAUGGUGAAAUUUCUAAAAUUACUCGAGAAUGGCUAGUUCCCAUUAACAGUAUGCAAUAUAAAUCUCCAUAUAUUAAUGGGGCUUCAGUCGGAGAUGCAACUUUAAUCUUUGAUGCAUUCGUUGCCAGAUUUUAUAUAUUACAGGGCUUUGGCGUGGUCUUGAUUUCAACUGAAUCCAUUUUAACCGACACCAACUCUGAUCUUGAAUAUCGUUUCCUGUCUGAUGUAGCCAUUGGGUUUAAAUUACUUGCAGACAGAGGUAUAAAAAAGAUUAUUUUGGAUUUAAGUAAUAAUGGUGGUGGCGAAGUUUUUAUUGCACACUAUAUAAAUAAGAUUUUAUUUCCAAACAUACAAAACUUUCCGUUGGACUUUAAGGUUAAUGAUCUUUCUAUUCCGCUUAUAGAAGAAACUUCAAAGCUUAAAAAAGGAAUUGGAAGCAUAUUUCAUUAUAAGACAUUUAUUUCUGCAAAGACAAACACUCCAUUUGAUAGCGUUAAUGACUUUAUUGGAAAUAAUAUAUACACUCGUGGCGGCGAUCAGGUUAAAUACACUUCAAAAGCAUUUUUUAAUGAUACAACACUUUAUAGUGGAACUCUGAAACUUCCAAAACCUCCAAAACUUCCUUGGACUGAGAAAGAUAUUAUAAUUAUGACAAAUGGAUUAUGUCAGUCAUCAUGUGCAAUUAUAGCUCAAAGAUUAGCAGAAAUUAACGUUCCUACCAUAGCCGUUGGUGGAUUUCCGAAUACUCGAUUCUCUUUUGCUCAAUAUGCUGUUGGAGCUGCAUUUUCUUCUGAUGACCUUCUAAUUUCACUUAAAUUACUUAAAAAUCUAGAUAGUUCUUUAAUUUCUAAAGUAUUUAUUCCUGGAAAUUUAACGUU